AAAUAAGAAACAUAAUCAGCACGAAAGUAAACAAAUGUAACAACGAACGAUAUAUCGGGCUCAUAUUAAAUAUGUUCAUUUAACAUUAGUAAUCUGUUACUGUGCUCUAUUUCAUCUCAGCACAUUUGCUGUUGUUCACAGUUGAAAAUGGCAGCCACCAAUCACAAGGAAAAACCAGCUAAAAUGCAGCACAACAAUCCCACCCAACAAUUCAUAACGACACUGAAAACAAUAAAUACAAAAACCGACGCUAAGAAUGUUACCGAAAAACAGAAACAAGCCUUCCAGGCUCUCAUGCGUAUGGCGGCAGACCCUAGUGGGUUCCAAUGGCAGAAACGCGUGCAACAAAUGCAGUUUGUGAACGCUCGCAAGCAACGUGCGGCAGACCCGACAAACAAAAGGCCGUCGCUUCCGCAACCUAAACCUAAGCAGCGAACGAGAGUUAAAUUAAAACACAGGGUAGCGGAAAUGCGGAGACAAGCGCAGUUUCCCCUACCCCCGGAUAGAACCACACCGAAGGAUGCGGCAAGGCGUUACGGUUUUAUUCCCCCGUCGGAACGAAGAGCACACCCAGCAGAUUAUGCAAAAGUUUAGGGCUAUGGAAUUUUCUGUCAUUGGAAUAAACUCAAUAAAGCACAA